GAAGUUUGCUACGAACGGUGCCGAUGCGCGCGACACUUGGCGCCGCGUCCCCGCCGUGAAGAUGGCGCCGGUUCUCCGCCCUCGUCGCUUCGCUGCGCGUUGCCCCCGUUGCUCAUUGCCGAUUGUUCGCUGUGCUGCGCAUGAUGAAGAUGGACGCGUUCGCCGAGUGUGAGGAGCAGAAGGAGCGCGUGAAGGCCUGCUACGGCGACUGGUUCCAGAAGCUCUGGGGCGGCUCCUUCGACCGCGCCGACUGCGAGCAGGAGACGCAGGACUACCGGCAGUGUGUGCAGGAUGCGAUGCGCCGCCGCCAGGAGCAGGAGAAGCGUAAGCGCUCAAGCCGCUCCCGUAACGACGACGACGACUACGACUGGAUGGACCGCACCAAGGAGAAGUCGGACGAGGUGGCGGGCGAUGCCAAGGCCCGUGCGCGCAAGGCGCGGGACCGCGCGCGCGAGGAGAAGGAAGAGGCGAAGGGCAAGAUGAAGAGCAAGGCCUCGGACAUGUCGUCCAAGGUGCAGGAGACGGCCGACUCGUGGGCCGACAAGAUCAAGGGCUUCGCCAAGAAGGCGGACAACAAGGCCCACGACUACGACGAGGACGACGAGUGA